AGGUGUAGUGCGGAAGACAUUCUUCUAGAAAUGGAUCAGAUUCUACGACCUGAUGGUGCAGUUAUAUUCCGUGACCAAGUGGACAUGAUAGUCAAGGUGAAAAGAAUUGUGUUGGGUAUGAGGUGGAACACCAAAAUGGUGGAUCAUGAAGAUGAUCUUCUUGUCCCUGAGAAGGUAUUGUUUGCAGUUAAAUAGUACUGGGUUGCCGGGGGGAACAAAUUCAUGUUCUCACAGAUUCUGACUCAAGUCCAAACGGUUUUUUUGGUCAUUUAUAUUUUCUGGCUGUGGAAAAUUAUCGAAUCAGAGGUAACAGCUUCUGCAGUUUUUUCUUGCUGAGUUAUUGGCCCAGGUUGUUCUGUAGUAGUUAUAGAUUAAGCUAAUUUGAUAGUUUAAUUAUGAUAUUAUGAUCCUUUUUUAGUUUUUACUAAUAAUUUAUUUUAUUUUAUAUUUUUAACUUUUCUCUAUCUCUCUUUUUUUCCCACGUUUUUUAUUUCAUGUUUCUGGGCUGGUAGUAUGCCCCUGCCAAGUUCUGUAAACAGAUUUUAAUGUUAUUUUGAAUGUUAUACAAACAUAAAUAUUUGGGAAAAUUCCGCAUGUGCCAUGCUUAGUGUUUAAUCUUUUACACAGUUGGUUCCAAGCCCAGAUAACGAGUAGGGUUGUGUUAGGUAGCCUAACAACUAACACGUAAAAAUCCUUGUCAGAUUCCUAAUGAACAUGAAUCCUAGUAUAAAUAUGCGCAUAUAGUCUUUGAUAGACUAGAAUGACGAUAAAGGAUUUAUAUAACCAAUCUCACUUGAAUGGGACACAAGGCUUAAUUUGGUUGGUUGGUUGGUUGGUUAUGGUUAAAGUUAUAAAGUGUAUGGUUAGAUUUGAAUUUAUUGUGUUCUAGGCCACACCUAAGAUAAAUAUGAGCCACACAAUAUUUUAUGUAUCGGUAGCAAUCCUCUGUCAAUAGUAGUAUUUAGAAAAUUUACCCAAAAACUUACCUAGAAAUAGUGAUAUGCGGUGCAGAUUCAACUUUAUAGGAUUACACUUGAAAUAAGUCUCAACUGCAUCAGGUAUUUUCUUAGGUAAUUUUUCUAGAUGUGUUAGUAUAAUUAGUAUAAGGGAAUCACUAUACUAGUUUUGAAAAGAAAUGAGACAUCCCAUGUAGUGAGGCUAUAAAAUGUUGACAAAUUGUCAAUAAUCCCCAAACAUGUAGGCAUCAAUAAACCUUGCAACUUGGUAAUCCCACAGGUAGUCUACCUAUAGGACAAUUCCCAAGCAGUCAUUAGCAUUGCAGACAAAAAAAAGCCUCUCAAAUUAGUUAUUCGUUCAACUUAUUCAAGCACAUGUCUCAUCUUUAAGAUAUUUUUAAGUCUCUUUGCUAUUCACUAGUCUCCUUUGUAGUUAGUUUUGUGGUUGUGAUCUUCUCAACUCAAGGACGGACCCAGAAUUUUAAUUUCAAGAACAUUAAUAUUAGGGGACAGACAUGUAUUAAAUUUUUUAACAAAAUUUUAGGGGACAAACCUGUAUAUAAUUUAAAAUAACAGUGAUUUAUAAGCAAAGAAUUUAUACUAAAACAUAAUAUAGAAUGAUGUGUCAAGUUUUAAUUUUAUCACUUUAAAUCAAAAGAUCCAUCAAGAUGACUUAUAUUUUCAACAACGUCACUGUCACAUCCACAUCAUUCUUGUCAUAAUUUCAUAUAAAAAUUCUGUACACAUUAUUUUCUAAAUUUUAAAAUAUUUUUAACUAAUACUGCUAUAUAAGGUUUUUGAAACUUUUGAAGGGCUAAGCCACCCCAUUGGGUCCAUCCCUGUUCUCAACCUUUUACCCAUCAAUUUUCUUUUCUUUUCCUUUCCUUUUAUUUGGUUUUCUCAGCUUUCUCAUCAUCCCACACGCCUUGUCAUAGGCCUUAUAUCAGCUUUCUCCAAAUAAAACGUCUUUCCUAGUUUGCCUCCUCUCUUUGCUUUCCUCCAACUUGUAAUCACUACGUACAGUAGUGAUCAACCUUUCAGACUCCAUGGAAAUCCAAGAAAACAUCAACAAUCUUCGAGUCGCCUCGUUUUCUUCUUACCUCAACUCCACAGAAGAGCACUUUGUGCUCAAGCUCACCAGAGGAAUUCAAAAUCCAAUGGCAGAAAGUGAAAUCUUUUCGCCCCCUAAAAGCCCUGGAAGGCCUAAGAUUGAAGAGGGUGAAAUUGAUGUCUUUGGUGCUGACAAGUACUUCAACAUGAGGAUUGAUCAUGAGACUACUCCAAAAAAAGUACUAAUUGACAACAGCAUGAUCCAGAGAAAAGACCGGUUUGAUCAGAGACACGACACAAGGACUCCAAGUGUUAUUAGCUCUGCAUUGUUACCAAGUCUGCUGAAAAACCCAACUCGAAACAAGCAGAAGAAAUCUGUUGGAAAAAGAAUUUUUGCUUUUUUUUUUGGCUGUAAUGGACCGUGUUUGGAUAAAAAGUCAGUUCACGUCAGUGAGGCUCAUAGGAAAGGGCUGAAAAAAGAAUCCCUUCAGUCUGUGAAUCCAGUUGUGUUUGAUGGAACGAAGCAAUCAGAAUCAGGACUGAGAGGUGGAGAGAAUUUCGCAUUCCCAAUUCUUGAUUCAGGGGAGGAAAAUUUGACAGUUAAAAAGCAGUUAGACUUAGAAGAAGAACCACGACACUCAAUUGAGGUUUUUGGCUCACAUUCAAUCAGAAAGGGCAAUAUAGCGACGAACUUGGAGAGGAAACUGUCUGUGCUGACUUGGGAUGCCAUUCCAAAGGUCCAAAACAUUCAAUCAAAUUUGGGAAGUGUCGGACCAUGUGAUGAUAUUCAGAGUGAUACUAGUUCUGAUCUAUUCGAGAUAGAGACUGUGUGUGGUGGUACUAGAGAACCAAUGUUGACAAUCCAAGCAUCUGAUUAUGAUGAAAAGAGUACCGACACAAUGAGUAAAAUGGCGAAAACCGAGAAUGGGGUAAAAAGCCGGCCUGGCAGAUUUUUGGGGUGCAAAACUCAUAAAUCAGUAAGUGUUGUUGAAACUGCAUAUAGGACUAGUGAGAAGGCAAAUGAUUCUCUGUCCCCAAAUCUUCCUGUUCCCUUAUCCCAAAACAUCUACAGAUGUUAGAUAUGUCUUGAAAUUUCUGUAUCUCGGGACUCUCAAAUGAUCCAAUGACUCUAAACGUUUUGAGACAAAGGGACACAGAGAUUUGGAGAGAAUUUGUGGCUGUCACAAGGCCCGCUUGGAGGAAAGAUUUUGAAUUCUCUCCCAUGCAACGUUCUUAAGAACAAUCUGCCCCAUAGCAAUGUCCAGGGCAUGAUCAGUGUCUCAGUCCAAGCAACAGAGGCAGGUGCAGAGGAGCAAAGUGUUUGAUAAACAAUUUAAGAUUCUUUGCACUCUGUUUCUUUGUCUGUCUGUUCAUUUUCUUUUUCUUUCUUUUUUUCUUUUUUCUUUCUUUGUUUUCUCUUUUAUGUACUUAUUAUUCUUUAUAUGAAAGACAUUUCACUUGCUACUUUA